AUGGUAGUCCCUCAUAAAUCACAACUAACAAAGCCCCGUGUUAAACGGGCUCAAUCUUCGACUACUCUACAAUUUGCUCCUCCAGAUUGGUUUUCAAACAUAUUUCAGAAUGGUACAAGUACCUUCAUGGUACAUCCGGGUGAAACUCGAGCCGGGUAUAUGUGGAAUCUUUUGAAUCAAAUGCUUUCAAAACUUUAUUCUGUGCCUUAUCUUGCACCAAAAUUAUUAUUUAUUACGAUAUGUGCAGGCAUGGGUUCAGUUCUUCCUUAUCUCCCAAUUUUUUAUAAUACUUCCUUAGCUUUAACUUCCACACAAAUUGGUAUUGUCUUUUCUAUUGCACCCUUUAUUUCCGCCUUGAGCUGUCCUCUUUGGACGGGUCUGGCUGACAAAUUUCAAUCACAUCGAUUCAUCAUUAUUAUACUUUAUUUUUUGGCGACCAUUAGUGUUGUUGGUCAAAUGAUUAUACCAUUAAUAAUUGACGUUCAUAAUUCAAGUAACAAUGGUCUUGUUAUGGUAUGCGUGUUAUUUGCUGCGCUGUGGUUUGCUUUCUUCGGUGUACCUGUUAAUGCAUUAGUCGAUAGUGGUGUACUAAAGAUUCUCGGUGAUAAAAGAGAACUUUAUGGUCAACAGAGAUUAUGGGGAUCUAUCUCAUAUGGCAGUAGCACUUUAAUAAUUGGUCUUUUAUGGAGUGCUGCGAAUAACAUCAAUUUUGUAGAUGAUUUUGAAAUAAUUACAACACGUUCCAACGACAUUUCUUUCAAACCAUUAAUUAGUCUCGAUGAUGACAAUGAUGAUGUCGCGUCUAGUUCGAGAAGCAACGUUAAAUUUAACAAUAGUUCAACAUUUCCACCAACAUCACUUAAUCUUCCUACCGCCUCAUUUGCAAGCAAUCCCACUUCAUCAAUGAAAAUGUUACUUACCAAUCCUUCAGUAGUGACCUUAUUAAUGGUCAUGUUACUAAUGGGGACUGCCUUUGCCAUGAGCAACGCAUUCCUAUUAUUAUUCCUUAAUCAAGAAUUGGGAGCUAGUUCGAUAGUUCUUGGUUUAACGGGUCCACUUAGCGCUGUUGCCGAAUUAUUGUUUUUCUUUUACUCAAAAGAGUUAAUAUCUCGUUUCGGUCUUUGUCCAUUGAUUUUUCUUGCUCACAUUGUUACGAUAAUACGAUGUUUCAUGUAUAUAUUUUUGCAAAAAAACACAAUUUCAUAUAUAUUGGCGCUCCUGGCUCAACUUCUGAAUGGUAUUGGCUUUUCUGCUUUGUGGAUUUCUGGCGUCACACAUAUAGCUAAUAGUGCACCACCUAGUCUCAUCUCAUUUUCGCAGGGUGUCAUGACUGCCGUAUAUGCUGGCUUUGGUACAGGUUUUGGAAGUUUGUUUGGUGGUAUUUUAUAUGAUAGUGCGGGUGGUCCAAGAGUUAUGUUUGGUGUUGUAGUGGGCAUUAGUAUUGCGAGUUUAAUUAUGUAUUGGUGGGGGGAAAAUGGGUUCAAAGUUAAUGUAAGUCACUUUGGUGGUAGAAGACGUGAACCAAGAUUUCCUUGGCAGGAUGUACCCGUUGGGGGAGGUCAGAUUAAUUUGGGGAGGUCUAAAAGCACUCUAUCUAUUGAAGUUUCAAGACCAGCAAAAAAAGGUAGAUACGAAUUAUUAUCACAAGAAGAUGAUGAUGAACAAUAUCAUUAUGGUAUAUUCGGGGAAGGGCGAUUAUGA